CUAUUUCUGGGUCCUUUCUUAUGCAUGGACCCUUCAUGUGACUAGAUUGCCAUGUGAGCUGUGUGGAAGCAGUAGUUAAUACAGCGAGGCUCCCCUGGACAAUUACAAUGUUUAGGAAGAAGGUGGACAAUCGGAUUCGAGUGCAGAUUGAGAAUGGAGUGGCGGAGCAGCAUCGCACACUGUUUGUGGUGGUGGGAAAUCAUGGGAGGGACCAGGUGGUGAUUCUGCACCACAUGCUCUCCAAGGCGACGGUGAAAGCCAGACCCUCUGUCCUGUGGUGCUAUAAGAAGGAGCUGGGAUUCAGCAGUCACCGCAAGAAGAGAAUGAGGCAGCUCCAGAAGAAGAUCAAGAGCGGGACCCUGAACAUCAAUGAGGACGACCCCUUUGAGCUGUUUGUUGCUGCCACCAACAUCCGCUACUGCUACUACAACGAGACGCACAAGAUCCUGGGCAACACCUUCGGCAUGUGUGUAUUACAGGACUUUGAGGCUUUGACUCCCAAUCUCCUGGCCCGGACUGUUGAAACAGUUGAAGGGGGUGGCAUUGUGGUGAUUCUGCUCAGAACUAUGAACUCCCUCAAGAAAUUGUACACCAUGACAAUGGAUGUUCAUUCUCGCUACAGGACAGAGGCGCACCAGGAUGUGGUUGGGAGGUUUAAUGAAAGGUUUAUCCUCUCCCUGGCUUCCUGUAAAAACUGCGUUGUCAUUGAUGAUCAGCUCAACAUCCUGCCCAUUUCCAGCCACAUCGCCAACAUCAAGCCGGUCCCUCCUAAAUCUCAGGAGGAUAGCCAGACGCCCAGAGAAGUGGAGCUGAAGGAGCUGAAGGAGUCUCUGCAGGACACUCAGCCUGUGGGAGUGCUGGUAGAUAGCUGCAAGACCCUCGAUCAGGCCAAGGCGGUGUUGAAGUUCAUCGAAGCGAUUUCUGAGAAGACAUUGAGAAGCACUGUCGCACUGACCGCGGCGAGAGGGCGGGGCAAAUCCGCAGCACUCGGAUUGGCUGUCGCUGGAGCAGUGGCUUUUGGCUACUCCAACAUCUUUGUGACGUCCCCCAGCCCAGACAACCUGCACACCCUCUUUGAGUUCAUCUUCAAGGGCUUUGACGCUCUCGAGUACCAGGAGCACCUGGACUAUGAAAUUAUCCAGUCUUUAAACCCUGAGUUUAACAAGGCUGUGGUCCGCGUCAACAUCUUUAAGGAGCACAGACAGACCAUUCAGUAUAUCCACCCAGGGGACGCGGUGAAGCUGGGCCAGGCAGAGCUGCUUGUGAUAGAUGAGGCAGCUGCCAUUCCCUUACCGCUGGUCAGGAAGCUGCUUGGGCCCUAUCUUGUUUUCAUGGCUUCCACCAUCAAUGGCUAUGAGGGCACCGGGCGCUCUCUGUCCCUCAAACUGAUUCAGCAGCUGAGACAGCAGAGUGCUGAGAGCCAGCUCAGCCUGACCGCAGAGAACAAAACCACCUCCACGGCCCGCCUCACAUCGGCGCGCUCUCUUCACGAGGUGACUCUGCACGAGUCGAUCCGCUACGCCCCAGGUGACGCAGUGGAGAAGUGGCUCAACAACCUGCUGUGCUUGGACUGCCUCAGCAUCCCCCGCAUCAUCUCCGGCUGCCCCCUGCCUCAGACCUGCGAGCUAUACUAUGUAAACAGGGACACACUAUUCUGUUACCACAGAGCCUCGGAGGCCUUCCUGCAGAAGCUGAUGGCUCUCUAUGUGGCUUCUCAUUACAAGAACUCUCCAAACGACCUCCAGAUGCUCUCCGAUGCCCCCGCCCACCACCUCUUCUGUCUGCUCCCUCCUGUCCCCACGACCCAAAACUCCCUGCCCGAGGUGCUGGCUGUAAUACAGGUGUGUUUGGAGGGAGAGAUCUCUCGGCAGUCCAUCCUGAACAGCCUAUCACGAGGGAAGAAAGCUUCUGGGGACCUCAUCCCCUGGACUGUCUCUGAACAGUUCCAGGAUCCUGAAUUUGGCAGCUUGUCUGGAGGGAGGGUCAUUCGUAUAGCAGUGCAUCCAGACUACCAGGGGAUGGGUUAUGGGAGCCGAGCCCUGCAGCUGGUUCAGAUGUACUUCGAGGGUCAGUUCCCCUGCCUGGAGGAGAAUGCCUUACUGACAACCAGUGAAUUCACUCAUGUCAACAGUGAGGCUGUGAGUCUGCUAGAGGAGGUGGUAUCUCCCCGGAAGGACCUUCCCCCUCUGCUGUUGAAGCUGAGCGAGCGUCCAGCGGAGAGACUCGACUACCUUGGGGUCUCCUAUGGGCUCACCCCCCCACUGCUCAAAUUUUGGAAGCGCGCCGGUUUUGUCCCAGUGUAUCUAAGGCAGACCCAGAAUGACCUGACUGGGGAGAACACCUGCAUCAUGCUGAAGGAGCUGAACACAGAAGAGGCAUCUCAGCAGAGCAACUGGCUCCCUGCCUUCUGGAAAGAUUUUCGCAAGCGGUUCCUGACAUUGUUGUCCUACCAGUUCAGCAGCUUCCCCCCUGCGCUUGCACUCAACAUCCUGCAGAACAAGAAUGCGAGACAGGACCCAGAUCCUCUUCUGAGCCGUGCUCAGCUUGAUGCUGACUUCACUGCCUACGACCUGAAGCGCUUGGAUAUGUAUUCCAGGAACAUGGUGGACUACCAUCUCAUCAUGGACAUGAUCCCCAGCAUCGCCAAAAUGUUUUUCCUGAAGCAGCUCGGAGAUAUCUCGCUCUCCGCAGCGCAAUCAGCUCUCCUGUUGGGCAUCGGUCUGCAGCACAAGACUGUGGACCAGCUGGAAAAGGAGAUUGAGCUUCCGAGCAGCCAGUUAAUGGGCCUCUUCAACCGUCUCAUUCGCAAAGUGGUCCAGGUGUUCACCAGUAUUCAAGAGAAAGCUGUGGAGGAGCAGAUGGUGGCUUCCAAAGAGAUAGUGAUGGAACCAACGAUAAAAACACUCACAGAGGAUCUGGAUGAAGCUGCCCAGGAGUUCCAGGAGAAGCACAAGAAGGAGAUGGAGAAGAUCAAAGAGAUGGACCUCACACAGUACAUGAUUCGCGGAGACGAUGAGGAAUGGAAUGCUGUUUUGAAUAAGGCAGGGCAGAAAGCAGCCUUAGUCAGCCUAAAAAGCAAUAAGAAGAGAAAGCUGCUGGACGCUCCCGAGAAGGAGGAGCCUCGGCAGAACAAGAAACUGAAAAACAGGAACAAGGAGAAGAGCAAGACAAAGAGAGGCAAAUUCAACAAGUGAGCCGCUGCAGAGACUUUCAGAGCUGGCAUUUAGGAGUUAUACAUUCUUUUAUUUUAAAUACAUCCUCUAUUGUUUUAAAACCAACCCAGUAUCACCAGAGCUGUGCUUCAGGUUGAAAAUUGACUUGUUUACUGGCUGGGGGAACUUUAGACUCCCAUCAGCCCUCUCUCCCUCUCCUUGUAACAUCUGGGGUUUCCAGGUGGGAAACUGCACGUCUGAAAGUGCAACCAACAGGACUUCAAAGCUCAAGGUUAAUGAAGAGCUGUAGUCUUGAAAUGAAGCUGGAAUGUAAGAAAUGGCUUUAAUGUCUGUAUGCUAUGUAAAGAAAUAAGAAUGGUUGUUGGAGCGGAUGUUAGUGUUUUGUUAUUAUUUUAAUAGUUGUUAACACCUACAUAAAAUGACAUUUGCAUAAAAAGCAAACAGACAUGUAAAGUUAGAUUUGCAGACACAAUAAAAGCCCUUUUUGUAAA